GAGACCACCUCUUCUGUAAUAAAGGACGAAAAAUCUCAAUCACAUAAGAAGAGGGAAGCGGAGAAUAUUGUACAGGAUGUGUUUGAUUUCACAGCCACUUCGGCACCUGAGAAAAAUCAUAUGACUGAAAUUUCCAUGAUGGCCUGUCACGAAAAAUCUGAUAUGGAUAAUCCCCAAAUAUAUUACAAAAUCUAGCCUGCUUAAUCCAAGAAGCAUGGGAUGCGAAAGAUGAAGCAAUUUUAGCUAACCAAAAAGAAUUAUUGUGUUGGUGUUCCUAUAUUGUAGAAUUCAAUAAAAAGAUCACAGAGUUUAUGACCGAGUAUAAAAUUGGCGAGAAAAAAGUGAAAGGUAUGAUUUAUGACAAUCUUAUUAAACUCCUUCGUCUUGGUACUAAACAUAACACAUUACUAAAACAAACUCAGAGAGCAAGAGACAUAUACAAAUUAUUUGAGAAAAUAGGAAUUGAUAAAAUUAAGUAUAUCACAACAUAUAGUGCGAAUUCUAUAUCAGAAUUAUCUGAUAGUCAAAUUCAAACUAUUGUUGAUUAUUUCUCCAAAAAUCCAAACACUGAAUUACCAGAUGAUCGGGAUGGCACUAUUAUCGAUUUCGAAGAGGAUAUUUCGAAUGAUCAGGAUAAUGUAUUGGAGGAGCAAGCAAAACCCUUGGUUUUAGCAACGCAGGCUGAGGUGAUUCCUUCAGCUCGAAAAAAUUGGAUGCCAAGAGAAUUUAGUAGUGAAGAUUUUGAUUAUUAUGGAAUUAAUGACGAGACAUUAUGCCCAUUAUGCAAGUUAGAUCAUGAUGAUGAGAAAGAUAGGAUUCGGUCCAGCUUAUACAAAAAAUAUAAAAAAGAAACUGGGUAUGAGCCAUGGCAAUUAUCAGAAGAUCGCCUCAUAAAUUCAAAGCCAGAAAACAAAGUAUCCAAUUUAUCUUUUCCCUCCUCUGGUGAGCAAUGUGAAGAAAAAGGGUCUAUCACUGUUGAAGCCAAACCUGACCCAGAAUUAAUUAUCAAGUCCGUCUUAGAGCAUUUCGCAUACUUGAAAUUCUGA